GAAACAAAAACUGACAGAAAUGAAACAGAUUAAUGCUAUGAAAAAGUCAGAGAAACACGGCACUGGCGGAGACAAGUCUGGGGUGAGCGAAGACAGGGGUAUCAAAGCUUCAGAUAAGCGGUCUGCCAAGGAGGAUCUUGAUGACAGUCCGCGGGGGUCUUUACAUAAUGACAGGGAGGCUGAAGAUGUGGGGGAUGACGCCAGCUGGGGUUCUAUCGUUAAGCGGAGGAGACAUCUGGCUGCUAAAGCUGCUGCGGAGAGGGAGAAGCAGGAGAAAGAGAGACUUGCCAUUCGGGAGAAGGAGCACCAGGAAGAGAAGGAGAGGGAGAAGUUGAGAAAGAAACAGGAACAAAUUUCUGAAGCUAUCAACCUUGCCCGGAUGGUCCUCAGGCAUGAUCCGAUUGGGACAGAUCGACAUCAUGACAGAUAUUGGGUGUUCACAAAUGUCACGCCUGGCCUGUAUGUAGAGAAAGGCUGGAUGGGUGAAGAGAUUAACUACAGUGUUCAAAGACAAACUAAGGAAGAGAGUGAGCUGGAGGUUUCAUCAGAAAGCGAGGAAGAUGAUGCCAAAAAUGAAAAUUCUACCCAGAAGUCUGUGUACAGGGCAAAAAAAUAUGCCAUUGAGACCAGUUUCCCUCGACCAGGACAGAACUUGUGGUUCACAUACAGGUCUCAGAAAGAUUUGGACGGCUUGCUCAAGUCACUUCAUCCUCAGGGCAUUAGAGAGAGCUGGUUGAAGGCGGAAAUCAAGAAACGCUAUGAUGAUAUUUCCCGGGUCAUUAUUCAGGCACAGAGAACCAACCUUGAGUUGAGAGAUUCUGAUGGUGACACAGAAAUGCUAGCUGCCUUUAAGAAGGAGUUGUCGGACAUGGAGCUGAGGCUUCGAAAUGGAGGCCUUGGCGGCGUGCCUAACUACGACAAAUGGGAGACAGAGCUGAUGGAGGCCACAGAUAUUUCCACUCUGGGUGAGUGUCUGCUGAAGGUCAAAGAUGGGAUUCUGGACAAGUUUCUCCAAGGUUUCAUGAAACCAGUCUCCAAGGCCAGCGAAACUUCUGAUGACAUCAAGGAAGAGGGAGAUGAGGAGAACAAGAAAAUUGAAGGUGGUGAUAAAGAGAAACCUCAUGAGAAGGAGGACAAGACGGAGAAGGCUGUCAGAGAAUGGAAGGAGCAGGUGGAGCGCUGCCCGACAAUGUCCAGACUUCAUGUACUUAUGGCCUUGUUAGACUCCUGUGUGAAGUGGGAGAAGUCUGCAGAAAAUGCUAAAUGCAAGAUCUGUCGUAAGAAAUGCAACGAUGCCCAGCUGCUCUUGUGUGAUGAAUGCAACCAGGCUUUCCACAUGUACUGUCUGAGACCGGCUCUGACUAAAUUGCCCAGUGGAGACUGGUUCUGUCCAGCUUGCAAGCCACGGAAACCUGAAUUGAGGUCCUUGGAUUCUGACAGCGAGGCAGGCGAGGAAGAAGAGAAGGAAGAUGUCUGCCGUGAGUGUGGAGGCUCCGAGAAGCUCAUAGUUUGCUCAAAGUGUCCUGCUGCUUUUCACACACAGUGUCAUGACCCACCGCUCAGGCAUCCCCCAAGAGGUGUAUGGGAGUGUUCUGAUUGUAAGAGUGGGGUCAACAGAAGGAGGAGAAAGGGUAAACUUUCCAGGAGAGCUGCUUCCAAGUCUGCCAGCAGGAAAGAGGUUUCUGCUAGUGAGGAGGAGGAGGAGGAUGAUGAAGAAGAUGAGGAUGAUGGUAGCGAUGAAGACUUUGUAGCGGAGCCUUCGAACUUCAAAUCUCGCUCGCAAAAACAAGAGGCAGCGCGGGGUCGGGAGAGAAAGCAGCAGAAUUUGGCCAGCGUAAAAGGGCGUGUACCAAGGUCACGAACUAGCAGCCAGAAAAACAGUGCUUCAGUGGUCACGCCAACCCGGGGAUCUCGACGGGGUCCUUCAGAGUUGUCUCUGUGUGAAGAUAUUCUCCACAAAGUGAUGAAACAUAAGGCCAGUUGGCCUUUCUUAGAACCGGUAGACAAAAAACUGGUUCCUGACUACUACACUUUAAUUAAGAAGCCUAUGGACUUCCAGACGAUGCUGAAGAAGUGUACACGCCUGAGUUAUGCCUCCCCACAAGAGUUCAUUGAGGAUGCAGCCUUGGUGUUUGAAAACGCUGAAGCUUAUAACAAGGCGGACAGCGAGGUGUAUACCUGCAUGCAGGAAGUGGAGAAACUGUUCAAGGAGGCACUUCACAAGCUGCUUCCUGAUUGGCCAUAUUAUCGGACAGUCACCGAAAGAGACGAGAGCUCCAGUGGCAGCGAAACAGGGAGGAGAAAAUCUCGGAACAAAUAG